ACCCCACCCACCCAACCCACCCACCCAACCCACCCACCCACACCCAACCCACCCACCCACCCACCCACCCACCCACCCACCCACCCACCACCCACCCCCCCCACCCACCCACCCACACACCCACCCACCCCCCCACACCCAACCCAUCCACCCAACCCAACCCAACCCAACCCACCCACCCACCCAACCCCACCCCACCCAACCAACCCAACCCAACCCAACCCACCCACCCAACCCACC